AUCACACCCCCCUUCGACAUUUCACUCUGAGAGUGACAAGCCUGUUCAGCUCGCUCAACUGGCUGCGUAACAUCAAACGUUCGACGUCAAGAUUCCUGAACGGCACGACGCAUUAUAACGCUAAAUCCCUCAUCAAGCGGCAUCAACGGAUCAACACAUUCCACACUGCUCGCCGCUCCCACGCUCCGGACGUGCUCGUGUUCGUGUGUGUGUGUUUGUGAAACGUCUCUCAUCUUGAUCCCUUUGAUCAGACGCAAAUUCGCAAGCAAGGGGCAUUACCAACCUUUUGCCUAACAAGCAAUCCAUAUUUCCGGCAGGUACGGGAAUUAACGACUCGCCUCGUGGGCCGAGUCUUCGACGCUGGCUGGCUAUCAAACGACAACAACGAUCAUACCAUAACGCUCCGAGCACUAUCGAUAUCAACAAGAUCAACAACGAGCUACCUGACACCAUGUCUUAUCACGAUCUAGGCAACCUCACACCGUCGAGAAGAGCGCCUCCCAUACCGGGUUCGAGCUCGAACAGCAGCUCUUCAUCGUCGUUGCAAUAUCAAGGACAAGGAAAACCGCCCAUGUUAUCAUCCACCUCUUACGCACCGUCAUUCCACCACAACGGCAUGGGCGGGACGAACAAUAAUACCGUCACGCCACUUAGCCUCGGUCGGAACGGAAGUGCCGCCUCGAGCACGUUAUCGAGUUCGGGAUACGGUCACAGCAUCCCGGCGGGUCAGGCUGGGUCGCUGUACAAUGUCGGGUCGAGGGAGAGCAUGGGAGGAAUGACCCCGAUAAGACAGGGCAUGGUCACCGUCAACGAGGAAAAGGGGAUCAGGAGUUUUCUGUGGAGCAAGAAGUGGAUGGUGUUGAAGGAACAGACCUUGUCGUUUCACAAGAACGAGACAACUCCGACUCCUACCAGUAUGCUGCAACUGAAAGACAUUACCGACAUUCAGCGGGUGGAUAUCAAGCCCUUUUGUCUCGAGAUCCAGGCAAACAACAAGCGUUUAUGGAUCGGUCUCAAGUCUGACCCAGAACUCUACGAGUGGCAAGAUGACAUUUACGCGAAGUGUCCGCUUUUGGGUGUAAGCGGGCCGACCAAUUUUGUACAUCAAGUCCAUGUCGGGUUCGAUGCUGUCAGCGGAGCGUUUACCGGUCUUCCGGAACAAUGGACACGGCUCUUGACUUCCUCGGCAAUCACCAAGGAGGAUCAAGUCCGGAACCCUCAGGCCGUCUUGGACGUGCUGGAAUUCUACACCGACAUACAAAAACAGCAACUCGACGACUUUGGCGUUCCUGUUCAUUCGAACAGCCCUUCGCGGACCGGUAGUCCUGGUCAAGGGGCCAGAGCGCCUCAAGCGCCCGUGCAAACGGCGAGAUUCAACGCUGGGACGGGGUUGGCAGGGCAGUACUCUAGCGCACAGGAGAAACCUCAGGCUGUUCAGCGGUCCGAUAGUGCACCACCUGGCCCAGGGCUAGGAGCGAGCCGGCAGCCCAGCUAUGGCCAGCAGCAGUCGCAUCAACCACAAAUUCCCCAUCCUUAUGCUCAGCAAGAAAGCCGACCGAGCCCAUCGAGACAAGCCUCGUCGAGUAAUCAUCAGCUUAGGGAGGAUUCGAAUCAACGAUCAGCGCCGUCGCCGCCUCCUGCGCAACGGCCUCUUGUGGCAGAGCGACGGGCGCCUGCUCCGCCCAAACCCUCUCAGCACCAAGACCAGGUUUCCACGCGACCACGACAGCCGACAGCAGAAUCCACUCGUUACCACCAACGAGAACCUUCUGAUCCGUCGAGACCGGCGUUGCAGACUGCGAAGACCGCGCCGUCGGUCGCCGAUGCGGGACAGAACGCUGUACAAGCCGACCCAACACAGAAUGGUCAGGUCAACAUCCCCGUCCGGCCGCUGCAGCCGGCUAAGAAAUUGCAGCAAGGCCCUCCACCGGCGCCUUCCUCAGGAGCGGCUACCCGUGGUGACGAGAAACCCGUAACGAAACCUAGCGAGAAACGGAUCAGUACGAUGAGCGAACCUCAGAUCAUGGAGAAAUUAAGGUCGGUCGUCAGUCCGAAAGAUCCAUCGACGAUUUAUGCAAAAAUCAAAAAGGUCGGACAAGGAGCGUCUGGCUCAGUAUACGUGGCGAAAACCUUGGCCACGGGUGUACGCGUCGCUAUCAAGCAGAUGGAUCUCGCACAACAGCCCCGAAAAGAGUUGAUCGUCAACGAGAUUAUCGUCAUGGGUGAAUCGAGGCACCCGAACAUCGUCAACUACCUGGAGUCGUUCUUGAUUCGAAGCAGUGAUCUCUGGGUUGUGAUGGAAUACAUGGAGGGAGGCGCUCUGACGGACGUCAUCGAGGCCAACAAGAUGGAAGAAGAACAAAUUGCUGCGAUCUGUCUCGAGACUUGUCGCGGUCUGCGACACUUGCACGACCGGUCGAUCAUCCAUCGAGACAUUAAGAGUGACAAUGUCCUCUUGAACACAAACGGCGAGGUCAAGAUCACCGAUUUCGGUUUCUGUGCAAAGCUCACUGACCAGAAAUCGAAACGAGCGACCAUGGUAGGUACGCCCUAUUGGAUGGCACCAGAGGUCGUCAAGCAGAAGGAAUACGGCGCCAAAGUCGACGUUUGGUCGUUGGGCAUCAUGGCGAUCGAAAUGAUCGAAAACGAACCGCCUUACCUCGACGAGGAACCGCUCAAAGCGCUCUACCUGAUCGCUACAAACGGGACCCCAACUUUGAAGAAGCCGGAAAGACUAAGCGCAGAGCUCAAGCAUUUCCUCUCCGUAUGCCUGUGUGUCGACGUCAAGAGCCGAGCAUCCACCACCGAACUGCUGACGCACGAGUUCCUGAACAAGGCUUGCGGGCCAGAGGGCUUGGUGCCACUUAUGAAGAAGAAAGACAAGGCAUAGGUCUGCGAAGCUUCGAUUUUGAUUCAAGAAGUCGCACACCUUACGACAUAGGAAUGACCUUUUACGAGCUGUAUCGUUACCGUUUUCGAGCCGAAUCGAUCUAUAUGCGUUCCCGAUCUUGCUGUUUGAUUCGUGAAAGGGUCCA